AUGGACAAAAAAGACAAAAAGGAUAAAAAUGAUGAAAAGGACGACAAAGACAAUAAGGGUGAAAAGGACCAAAAGGACGAAAAAGACAAAAAGGACGAAAAAGACGAAAAGGACCAAAAGGACGAAAAGUACGAAAGGCACGAAAAGGACAGAAAGACGAAAUGGACGAAAACGACGAAAAAAGACGAAAAGGACCACAAGGAUGAAAAGGACGAAAAGUAUAAAAAGGAUACAAAAGAGAAAAAGGUUAAAAAUGAUGAAAAGGACGAAAAAGACGAUAAGGACGAAAAGGACGAAAAGGACCAAAAGGACGAAAAGGACCCAAAGGACGAAAAGGCCGAAUAA